UCGACAGUGGAGGAGCUGGGCUGGGAGCUGCUGGCCGGUAUUUCAGCAUCCUUUGGGAGGUGGAGACGUGGCAAAGGCUGCAGCAGGCGGUGACAGGAACCUGAAAAGAGGCUGCCAUAGGCACGGGACUCAUGGAGGGGGACACAGCUUCUGGAAAGAUGGCGUCCCCUGCCUGUGCCAUGGCUCCCUUGGACAGCAUGGAAGUCCUUGACCUCCUGUUUGAUCGGCAGGAUGGCAUCCUAAGAAAUGUUGAGCUGGCUGAGGGCUGGCUCCUCAGCAGAGAGGAGCAGAAAGUUCUACCAGCUACUGACUCUGAUGAAUUCCUAAAUUCCAUCCUGGGACCUGGAGACUCUGACCCCAGCUCCCCAAUAUGGUCCCCCACUGACAGUGACAGCGGCAUCUCUGAGGAUCUACCUUCAGAUCCCCAGGACACCCCUCCUCAUAGUGGCACUGGACCAGUUAACACUGCAGCCAGGUGCCAUCCGAGUGAGCAGGGCGAGGGGCCCUGCCCUACCUACCUUCCCGGCAGCACCCCGUGCCCUGAGCCUCCAAGGACACAAGUCCGUGAGUCCUCAGUGGCCAUUGACCUGGACAUGUGGAGCACAGACACCCUGUACCCAGAGGAGCAGACUGGCUCUCCUUCCCGCUUCAACCUCACCGUGAAGGAAUUGCUGCUGUCCGGUGGUGGCGGGGACUUGCAACAGCAUUCCUUGGCCACGUCUCAGCUGCUGGGACCUGGGGGUGGGCACUGCCAAGAGCUAGUGCUGACAGAGGAUGAGAAGAAGCUGCUGGCUAAAGAGGGGGUGACCCUCCCCACCCAGCUGCCUCUCACCAAGUAUGAAGAACGAGUGUUGAAAAAAAUACGCAGAAAGAUCCGGAACAAACAGUCAGCUCAAGAAAGCAGGAAGAAGAAAAAAGAAUACAUUGAUGGUCUGGAGAACCGGAUGUCAGCAUGUACCGCCCAGAACCAGGAGCUGCAAAGGAAGGUUUUGCAUUUAGAAAAGCAAAAUUUAUCUCUCCUGGAGCAGCUGAAACAUCUGCAGGCUCUUGUCGUCCAGUCAACCAGCAAGCCUGCUCAUGCAGGCACAUGCAUAGCGGUCCUUCUGCUGUCCUUCGUCCUGAUCGUCCUCCCCUCCAUCAGCCCUUUCAACUCCAACAAAGUGGACAGUCCUGGAGACUUCGUGCCAGUGCGAGUGUUUUCCAGAACUCUCCACAACCACGCUGCAUCCCGUGUGGCUCCCGACAUCACCCCAGGAUCCGAGGUCCCAGGACCCUGGCCCGACGUUGGUGCACCCCACAAAGGCUCUUCCUCUAGCAGCCUCAGUGCAGACUGGGGGAAUUUUCUGGAAAUUCCAAUGCUGGACAACCAGACGGACGAGCUGGACAACUCUACCCUGGUGCUGGCCAACGCCACAGAGGACCUGGGACGGGCCACCUUGCUGGACUGGGUGGCUUCAGAACCACUGCUCAGCCCGGGCCGUGUGGGGCUGGAGAUGCCAGGGAAGGAAAUAUGGCUGUCCUGGGUACCAAGGUGGCUCAGGGUCCGUGUGGUGCGAGAUGCUUUAGGGGUGCUGUGACAGGGCGUGACAGGCUGACUUAGCCCUGGGGAGUGACAGCCUCCUCGAGAAACUGACCCCCAUAUCAAGUAGAAGUGGGGUUUCCAGGUGCAAGAACAUGAAGACCCUGGUGUAGAACAGGAACCAGAAUCCUUUACACAGACAGACACUUAAAACCUGAACCCUAACAUCCAACCAUAGAGCUCCUACUCACCCCUGGCCAGCAGAAAGAUGCUGAGCCUACGGGGGCCUGGGCUUCCCAACACCAACGUCCAGCCCACAAACUUCCAUCUUCCUCUUUUGGAGGUCUUACUCUUGUAGAGCAGGCUGGCCCCAGAUUCAGAGCUCUACCUGCCUCUGCGUCUCAAGUGCUGCUGAUUUAAGUUGCGCACCACCCGCUUUUCUAAGACUGUGUGACCUCCAAUAAAGUAUUUUGAGAAAACUG